CUUACUUAUUAGCUACACAGUUUGCUUCUGUAAUAAGAUGGUCCAGUCCAUAUCAUAUUGUCCACUACUACUACACCAUUCUCUACACAUUCAUCAGUAGAAGUGCUGGUAACUACAACAAACCAUAUUUAUGAGACCACUUCAAUGAUCCCAUCUGUUUGUGAACUUUGAAUCCCCCCAAAUCGCUUAUAUAAAAACACCACUUCUCCCCCUUCAUCAAUCUAACCAAUUACCACUCCCUAUUCAUUUCUCUGCUUCAUAUCUUCUCCCUAGGUAGCUCCACAUUGUGUGGUAUAGUUUUACUUCUACUAAAGAAGCAGAUUAAGUUCUUUUUUUUUAUUACUAGUUACACAAUGAGGAAGCAGCUCUUUACAUUUCUCGCUUCUUGUUUGGUGCUAAUUAUUGCCGCAGCUCCUCGUGGAGCUGAAGCGAGAGCGUUCUUUGUUUUUGGCGAUUCCUUGGUCGACAAUGGCAACAACAAUUACCUCUUGACAAGUGCCCGCGCCGAUUCGCCGCCUUACGGAAUUGACUUCCCGAGUCAUCGUCCCACCGGCCGUUUCUCCAAUGGCCUCAACAUUCCCGAUAUUAUAAGUGAACAAAUGGGAAUGGAGUCUCCAUUGCCGUACUUGGCUCCGGAAAACAAAGGACAAAACCUGCUGAACGGUGCCAACUUCGCUUCCGCCGGCGUCGGAAUCCUCAACGACACCGGCUUCCAAUUCCUGAAUAUCAUUCACAUAACGAAGCAACUGGAGUACUUCCAGCAGUACCAAACCCGAGUGAGCAGUCAGAUCGGAGAAGAACAGACAAGACAACUGGUGAACCAGGCACUGGUACUCAUCACCCUGGGUGGAAACGACUUCGUCAACAACUACUAUUUGGUCCCAUUCUCCGCAAGAUCUCGUCAAUUCUCCCUCCCUGAUUACGUUCGUUACCUCAUCUCUGAAUAUCGCAAGGUUUUAACGAAGCUGUAUGAUUUGGGGGCAAGAAAAGUAAUUGUCACAGGAACAGGUCCAAUGGGAUGUGUCCCAGCAGAACUGGCACAAAGAAGCAGAACAGGAGAAUGUGCUGUUGAAUUGAUGCGAGCAGCUUCAUUGUUCAACCCACAACUUACCAACAUGAUCAAUGACCUCAACAAUCAGCUUGGAUCAAACGUGUUCAUGGCCGCUAACACUAUGGACAUGCACAUGGACUUCGUCUCUAACCCUCAGGCCUUUGGUGAGACCAAAAUCUGUAAAUCCCCGUUAUUUCUUUUUAAGCGUAUAUUACACACUUAGUGUCUGAUUUGAUAAUUGUUUAAAUUUCUUAAAAACUAAUUGAUCGACUGGGGCAGUUCGAUCUACCUUUUGGUUGGUUCAUACAAUUAGCAAGCUCUCCCUUUAUGAUUCUCAACUACCCAAAAUCAGAGCAUGCUAGUAGCAAAAGUGUCGUAAAACAUGAUGGGUAAGGUGAAAGAAAUGCAAUACAUUUAUGGUAACUAUGACAAGGAAGGGAGGACCACUUGGAUCAAGCAGCUGUAUAGAUAAGAUCAUACGUACCUUAGUGUAACAUUACUAUCUUAUUGAUCAAAUUAUAACAUAAUUAUAUGGCACAAUACUCUACCCCAAAGUACGUAACCCACUCUAAAUCUUUAUGAAACCAAAUUGUUUCACUAUCAAAACAUAAAGGGUAUUAGUGAAAAGGGCCGAAUCUCAUAAUUAAGCGACAUACUAAUAUGUUAUGGUAUGUUGGAAGACGAAUAAUUAUUGAGUUAAUUGAUUAAAUGUUCACAUCUGUAUCUCUGACAAAAUUAUUUUUGCAGGAUUUGUGACAUCAAAGGUAGCAUGUUGUGGACAAGGUCCAUACAAUGGCAUUGGACUGUGCACACCCUUAUCUAACCUGUGCCCAAACAGAGACCUUUACGCGUUCUGGGAUCCCUUCCAUCCAUCUGAGAAAGCCAACCGAAUCAUCGUCCAGCAGAUCUUCACUGGUUCUUCCAAGUACAUGCACCCCAUGAAUCUCAGCGCGGUUUUGGCUUUGGAAUCCUGGACCUGAUCAUGAUUCGUUUUUAAUUAUUUAUUAGUCUCUCUUAAUUUGUUAAUCUCUUUCAGUCAAAAUUUCAGUGUGGGGUUUGUUUUCUGUUUUCGUUUGUUUUGUUUUUCUAAUUAGUCGAUUUGGUUCUAUCAUAUAUCUAUAGAUUUUGGAUUGUAAUUUUGGGGUUGAUGUUUUUACAUAUUCAUAAGAAUAUUUAUUUAUUAAUAAUAAUGGAGUAAAUUGAUGUUUUGAGUUCGGAACAUACAGCUGUUCUUGCAUAAUUAAUCAUUUUGAGUUUUUUUUUUUUUUUUUUUU